AUGCAACGCCACGCCUUCCGUUCGGUGUGCAGCCGGACAAGGCCAGAGCUCGAGCAGGCCUCGGAUGCUCUCCGAAACUAUGCCCGCCAAUUCUCGACUUCACAGAUCCAGGCUGCCGAUGGUCCCAGCGCCCCGAAGCCGGCCGCUCGUCCCGCCCGUCCAGCUCAGGCUGGUGGUCCCAAGGUCCUUGAUAUAAAGAAUUUGCCUAUGCGUGGCCGGGGCGGUCUGAGGGGUCGUGGUGGUCUUCGUGGCGGUCUUCGUGGACGAGGCGGAUUCGCUGGCAGGGGAGGAUCUUCAGCUGGAGAUCGCUCAUCCUCGCCUGUUCGCACUGGGUCGCCCAUGACAAGAGGCCGAGGCGGUUUUGUCGGUAGAGGCCGCGGUGGUGGUGGUGGUGGCCGUGGGCGUGGUGGACGCGGUGGCCGAGGAGGAAGAACCGGUGGUCGAAGGGACGAUGAAGAAAACAAGGAUAGAAACAGGGACCGAAACGAGUUCAACCAACUGGACCCCGAUGAGCAGUCGUUCGACGACAGCAUUCGAUUCGGCAUGCGCUCCGAGUACAGACCAUCCCUCACAAUUGAAUCUAUCAACGAAUUCGCCCCUGCUGCACCAAGCACUAUCUCCGGAAAGUCAGCCACCGUUCUCCAGAACCUAAGCGUCCUCGGCACAGCAGACCACGUCGGUGCGCCACAUGCCUUCCAGGCUAGAUACUACGCCUCCGAGAUCGAAUCCAGUGGUAUUCGCUUCUUCGCCGACCCAGAGGCUAAAAAGGCCGCUGAGGAGCACCUCCAAGAGAAACUCAAGGCCGAAGGCAAGGAGUCUACCGGUCCCAUCAUCACCGACACUGAGGAGUCUAUUCGUCAGGUCAUCACACAGCGAGCUAUCCAGGGUCAGCACGAGACCCCUAAGUUCGCAUCAGACCCCAUUGGAGUGUCUCGCUCAUGGCAUCUCCGAUCUGAGACGUACUCUACCAACGACGUCAACUCGUUCCAGACAAAGUUGACGUCGCUUCUGGAAAAGAAGGGCGCAGCUGGUGGUAAAGGUGGAAAGGCUCGCGCUUAA